GUUUAGAUAGGAGUAGAAACAUACGUGGUAUCAAUAGUUUAUCAGAAGUUUGUCUGGACGUAUUAAGAUCAUAUUUCAAAUCAGUGUGGAAAAAGCUUGCGUACUUACACUGGAAUUUACACGAGAGCUUUUGGUCAGUCGUUUGAUUGUCACUGUCAACCAGCAAAUAUACCUAAGUUUUUGUACAUAUAUAAUAUAAAAGUAAGCGCCAGGAUUCGAAACGUGAGGGUUCCAUCGACAGUCUAUGUCAACCAGAAUCACCACCCAUCCCUGAUAACGGAAAGGUUUGGUGCAAUGAUUCAAACAAUCCAAAUUCUAUGUGCAUGUUCACAUGUGAACCAUAUCAUACAUUGGUUGGUACAAAUAAGAGUGUAUGUGUUGAAACGAUCAACGAGACAAGUUGGACAAAAGCGAACCUUGAAUGCAGCCCUGACCACUGUGAACCAGAGAUAAAUUCACUACCGAAUGGAGUGGUCACGUGCUCUCAUGGAAACAAAGUGAGAUCAGUAUGUCACUACAAAUGCACAACGACCGGUACUAGCAUGUUCUCGGGAAUGAAAAAUACAAAUCGCUGUUUACCCUCGAAAAAAUGGGACGUAAAACCACCGUGCUGUCAAGCACCAUGUCCAUCAAAUGCGAAGAUGGAUGCUGUCAUCAUUAUGGAUUCGUCUUCGUCUUUGGGCAUUGCCAAUUGGGUAAUCCUGUUCGAGUUUAUUCAAAAAUUCAUAAGAGCAUUUCCAAUAUCCAAGAAUUUGACGCGAUUUGCCAUGUUUCGUUACAACAUGCAAAUUGACGUAAUAUCUGCCACUCGUUUAGAAGAUUACGACAGUUUGCUAGAUGGAUUACUUUACAGAAUGAAUAGUAUGGAGUACGAUGGACGCGGUACAUACACUGGAAUGGCUCUACAAUACGCAGAGGAAAAAAUACUUAGAUCAGCAGCGAAUCGACCUGAUGCGCGAGAUCUUGUUAUUUUACUGACUGACGGAAGACCCCAAGACGAUGUUAAUGGUCCGUCGAAGAGAAUCAGGGAAAUGGGAGGAACGAUAAUUUUGAUUGCAAUCAGGCCACCAAGUGGAUAUCUACCUUUGGAUGAACUUUACAAAAUUCCUGGAGAUCCUUCAAAUGUACUUGUAGUCGAUGCUGGAUACAUAGGACUCGACGAUGAAUUUUUGCUGCUGCUAAUAAAUAAAAUUUGCAACGACUUAUGCAUAAAUUCUCCUCUUAUACAAUGAAGAAAUUACAAAUUUGCUGUGUUGUAUAAUUUGGUCAACGGAUCAUGAUGUUUCCAAUUCAUGGAGUACAAUCUUGUUUUCUAUAUUAAUGGUUAGAUAAUGAACACGUGGGAGUUUUUUUGA